AGAGGCCCUGGAAAGCCAGGGAGCAGCUGUGGAGGACCCUGGAGCUGUCCCUGAGAUGGGACUUACCCAGAUGGCAUCGGGAAGCCUCUGAAGGUUACAGAGGGAGAGACUCAUCUGGUCCCUAGGGGCCGAGGGGAGCCCAGGCUUCCAGCCUCACUAAAGACCCCACUUCCUGGCCACUGGCCCCGCCUCUGUGCCUCAGGCAAGCCCAGCACGGGCCUGUCUGCCGGGAUGGACAGGCUGGCGGGCUUUUCCCUGCCACUGCUGCUCGCCAGGAUUUGGGCAGCUCAGGUCACCCUCCAGCGGCUUCUGCGAUCAGCGAACUCCAGAUCCUACCCCGGAGGAUUCCGAUGCUGUGAGAACAGGUGUUGCCAGGGAGAUGAAGCCUCCGGCCUCUUCAGGGUUUUCCUCCUCAUCUGCAUCUUCAUCCUGUCUGUGUUGGGCUGCUUCAGCCUGGGCAGGCACUGCUGUGUGAACCGCUGUCAAACAAUGGUGGGCCCCACAGGGGGUCACCAGCAGCCCCAAAGCCCAGCCACCUUCGGGGCACCCCCAUCCUACAGCGAGGUGGUUGGGAAGCCCACCUUGUCCCUCUCUCCCACGGAGCCCCCGCCUCCCUACAGCCUCAGGCCUGAAGGCCACACUGGCACGGAGAGGGACGUCAACAACCCGGCCUCUGACCUGGAGCCUCCCUGGAGACCCCCAGAGCAAGCUGGCGAUGGCUGGGAUUCCUGCACUGUCCCCUGACACCCGGCCACGGCACUCGCUUCUUGGAUUUAACUUACUGCUUUUCUUACUCCUGUUCCUCCCGGCCUCUACUUAUCCUGGGGCCAGGACAGGCUUAAAGGGACUGUACCUGUCCCUCCUCCAAGUUAAAGGCUGCUGGAGGGACCGGCAGUAUGUGAGCUGCUCGGUAGGGUAGACAGCGGCCUGUCACUGGAGGUAUACAAGUCAGGACUGGACAUCUAGCUUGGGAUAUUACGAAGGCUUUCUCUACCCUGCUGUGGUUUUUUUUCCUUUUUGAGGGGGGGAUUCUUUUUGUCUUUUUGAGACAGGGUCUCACUAUGCAGUUCAGCCUGGCCUUGAGCUCACUUUGUAGCCCAUGUUGGUCUCGAACUCACAACAAUCCUCCUGCCUCAGCCUCAUUGUGAUCCUUAUUUACACUUUUGGUUUCUUGUACCAGAGAAAUGAUAUAUUUAUUUAUUUCACUUAAGAGUGUGAUUUCGAGGUACAGCCAUUUUCCUAGAAAUGUCUCAAGCGUAUCCUUCUUUAUGGCAGAGUAGUACUCUAUUGUAAAAAAAAAAAUCUUUUUUUUUUUUUUUUAACCGGUACCGGGGAUUAAACUCACAACCACCUGCUCACAAGACGGGUGCUUAUGCUGCUGAGCUAAAUCCUCAGCCCCAAAACACAUCUUCUUUAUCCAUUCAUUGGUUGAUGGACAUUUGGGCUGUUCGCAACAUUUAGGUAUCACAAAUUGUACUGCUAUAAACAAGGGUGUGCAUGAAUCACUGUGGCACAAUGCUUGUAAUUCUUCCAAGAAGAUACCAAGAAGGGAAAUAGCUGGGUCACAUGGAACCUCUGGUUGUAGUUUUUUGAGGACUCACCCCACCGAUUUCUACCAUAGUUGCACCAGUCUACACUCUCACCAACAGUGGAGAAGGGCUCCUUUCUCCCCGCAGCCCUGCCAGCGUUUGUUAUUGGUUGAUUUCUCAGUAAGGACUAUUUUUUCUGGAGUGAAAUGGAAUCUCAGCCUUGUUUUAAUUUGUACCUCUUGAAUGAGCACUGAGAUUGAAUGUUUUUUCAUACGUUUAUUUGCCUUUUUUUUUUUUUUUUUGUCUUUUUUGUUUUUUUUUUUAUCGGUACCAGGGAUCGAACUCACAACUGCCUGCUUGCAAGGCAGGCAUUUAUGCCGCUGAGCUAAAUCCCCAGCCCCCUUAUUUGCCUUUUCUACUUCUUCAUCUGAGAAGUGUCUCGUCAUUUCAGAGGCCCAGUUUUGGAUUGGGUCUUUACGUUUGGUGGAGGGGUUAAAUUCUUUAUGUAUGCUUUGUUGCUAGGUGUGAUAGCACAUGUGUGUGAUAGCACUCUGGAGGCUGAGACAGGAGGAUUCCUAUGAGUUCAAGGCCAGUCUGAAUUACGGAGCAUGAACCUGUCUCAAAAAGAAAGAAACAAGGAAGGAAGGACGGACAAAUAGAGUAGCCACUCCUUUUUUCCAGUUUCUAUCCUUUGACUGUCAGUAUAUGAAUUUCUUUUGUAAUUAAAUGUGUUUUUUUCUAUGCAGCA